CAUUUUACCAGCCGACAAAGGAAGAACAACAGUAGUCAUGGACAGAGAAGAAUAUACCAAGAAAGCUGAAGAACUACUCAAAGAUGAAGAUGUAUACCAACAACUCCCAACAAAUCCCAUACAAACAUUGGAUAACCGCAUCCAAAGGACCUUAAACAAGCUCACCAAAACUGGACAGAUCACAAAACAAGACCGAUGGCGAAUGAAAUCCAAUAGACUAGUCCUACCCCGAUUCUACGGCAGACCCAAAAUACACAAGGCAAAUAUCCCAUUACGACCAAUUGUAUCACUCCCGGGAACUCCAACAUAUAAUUUAUCCAAAGAAUUAUACAGAAAACUAAAACACCUAACGGAAUCUUGCGAUCACUCCAUCAACUCUGCUAUCCAAUUCCUGGAGAAAAUCAGAGGAAUCCAAAUAGAUGAACAAGAAAUAAUGGUAUCCUUUGAAGUGACAGCAUUAUAUACCUCCAUCGGACAAAAACUAGCAAAAGAAACCAUGGAGCAAUUACUUAGCAACGACGAACAACUGCCACAACAAUCAAAAAUGCAACACACAAGCUGGAUGGAAUGCAUAAAUCUAUGCCUAACAACAUACUUCUAAUUCGACGGCCAAAUAUAUGAACAAGUCAAAGGAACACCCAUGGGAUCGCCAAUAUCAGGUUUGAUUGCAGAAGCAGUGAUGCAAAGACUCGAAAACAUAAUUCUACCAAAGAUCAAACCCAAGAUUUGGAUACGCUACGUCGACGACACAUUUGUAAUCAUCAAAAGAAACGAAUUAGAUAAAACUCACAACUUAAUAAACAACGUCUUCAACGACAUCAAAUUCACAAGAGAAGAGGAAUCCGAGAACAAAAUACCGUUUUUGGACGUCUUAGUCAGGCGAACAACUACAGGAGAAUUAGAAACUCAAGUUUAUAGGAAAUCAACUCACACAGACCAAAUACUGAAUUACAACAGCAACAACCCAAUAACACACAAAAGGAAUUGCAUACAAACACUAUUCAAGAGAGCAAGGACUCACUGCAGCACUCCCACCUUAAGGAAAAUUGAAGAAAAGUAUCUCAUGGACGUCUUUCAAAAGAAUGGAUAUCCACGGAAUUUCAUCAAGAGACAUAUACCCCCAAGCCAACCUACCAAAGCAAAAGCCACCAAGGAAAGCACAAAGAAAAUUGCCUUACCAUAUAUAAAAGAUAUCUCAGAAAUCACUACAAGACUCUUCAAACCUUUAGGAAUUGACGUCGUACACAAACCAACAAAGUCGCUGCACUCAAUUCUAUGUCUACCGAAAGACUCAACAGCGAAAGAAGACAAAACCAACAUCAUCUACAAAAUAAACUGUAACAACUGCGAAAAACACUACAUCGGCCAAAGUGGACGUCCCCUUCGUCUUCGUAUCCAUGAACAUAAGCAAGCCGUCAAAAGACAUGAUAUCCACUCCCUCAUUUCACUACACACAGACAACUACGGACAUCAAUUCGACUGGGACAACGUUCAAAUAUUAGACAAAGGAAAUAACAAGAAUGUUAGAGAAUUUUUAGAAGCUUGGCAUUUCAGUGGAUCAUCAAUCAAUAGACACAUCGAGAAAAGAAAGAAACUUCACACACAAAGGGUCAAAGUUCAAGUCAAAGAAACAACCGGUUCCAAUACAAGUAACCUAGAAGGUGUGAAAACACACAAACAACCAAUCACGUCCAAGGUCACCAGGAGAGAUGAUUAAUAAACUCGUGGAGAAAUCUAGAAGCUCACUUCAAAUUGAAGUAUGCGCUGAAGAUGUCACCCAGUAAGGUGAUGAAAGCUUCGCAAACUAACCAUCCAGCUCAGAGAACAAAACCACAUCGAAAAUUCUGAUUUUAUCAAAUAGACAAUAAAAUAAAUAAUGCUUCUGACAUGAUUGAAAAUCGCAUUUUUCCAAUGUUUGAUGAAUCGUGAUCAUUUGGUUAAUAAUCAACAUUGACAACCUGUUCAACAACCACUGCAACCAUUAGACUUGCGUCCAUUGAUUGCAGUAUUUGAAUCAAUUAGACUGAAGUGGUGUGAUAAAUCAGUCUCACUGGUCAACUGAUAGUGUGUUUGGUUGAAGUGAUCACUGCUCGGGGUGAAGACAAUUUUAUUAACUCGUCUGAUCAUCUACUGAACGUUGAUAUGAGAAUACAGAAUAAUAAUAAUUACUAUUAUUUAUUAUUGAUCCCUUGCGUUCCGAGAGGAACAUAGGGCUUAAAACAGCAGUUCUUCACUUUUUCUUAUUCCCUGUGGUCUUCUUUGGCUUGUCCCACGAUUGGUCAUAGUCUCUGGUCUGCGACGUGUUACGCUCAUCUUCCACUCGAAGGCCUGGCAUGCGACGUCAUUCGAUGAUGGCCUCCUCAACGUCUGCCCAAUCCAUCUCCAUUUGCUUUUACAUAUUUGUUGAGCAGUAGCUAUAGAACUGCAAAGAAGGGAGACUUACGCCUCACUCUGCAAGAACUGGCGAGGAAUCAUGCUCCUGUCGACACCAAGUAAAAUCCUGAGUCGCAUCAUCCUGGA